AUGGCCGUGCCUACGACUCUCUCGGCGCUCUUGACGUCGCUGACAGACUCUCUACUGUCCGCGCAAGAAGUCACGCCCAAGAUUGCCGCCAUCCCACACUCGAGCGACGGCAUAUCGCUCCUCGACGUCAAGAACGACCUGCUGCUCACCUACCUCCAGAACCUCGUCUUCCUCAUCCUCUUGAAGCUGAGAAACAACCAGGAUGGACAGCAAGACCCCGAAAUCGACGAGGCCGUAAGGGCGAAGUUGGUCGAGCUGCGCUUGUUCCUCGAGAAGGGCGCCAGGCCGCUGGAGGAGAAGCUGCGUUUCUCGAUUGAGAGGUUCCUGUCGCAGGCUAGAGACGCACAAGCCAAGCCCACUACCAAUGGCACGAAUAAGAACGACUCUGGAUCAUCGGAUGAGUCUGCAUCGGACGAGGAAGCGGAAGACGAGGACGACGUUUCGGACGCUGGCUCCGUCGCCGAGGCCCCCAGAUCCAAGCCAAAGAUGCUCAAGACCAAACGCACGGGCGCGCCCCAACUCGCCUCCCUGAACGACGACCCAACCAUUGCUACUCCCGCCAAGUCUGGCUCCGCUGCCGACGGCGCAGGCUCCGUUUACCGCCCUCCCCGUCGUGAGCGUCACGUCAUGGAUGGCGCCUCUGGCCGCCGCGACCGUCGUGCCCUCAAGUCCCACACCAUGGACGAGUUCAUUGCCUCGGAGCUGGCCUCUGGCCCACAGGCUGAGCCGUCCAUCGGCACGACGAUUGUGAACGGUGGCCGGUCCAUGAAGACAGCAGGCCAGCGUGCGGAAGAGGCCGAGAGGCAGACGUACGAGGAGACCAACUACACACGUCUGCCCAAGGAGAGCAAAAAGGACAAGCGGCAAAAGGCCAAGCAGGGACGGAGCAACAAGAUGGAGUUUGGUGGCGAGGAGUGGCACGACCUGGGUGCGGGUGUGGAGAGGAUCGACAAGUUGACGGGCCGAGCGCGUGGAGGCAAGGGUGCUGGCGUGAAAGCCAUGCUGGAGAAGAGCAGGAAGCGUGGCCCGGAGACUGUCGAUGGGCCACGGGGCAGCGGCGAGAUUGGAGAGAGAUUCAACAAGAGGGUCAAGACGUUGGAUCGGGGACGAGGGCGGUAG